AGUCAAUGUGUUGUGAAUGCAUCCGAAUACAAAUGACUUAAAAAAAUAAACGAAGGAAUGGAUGUAGAAAACCAAAGAAUGCAGAAACCUAGGGAGGGAAGAACGAUCAGGAGCCCCCGAGGGCAGGGAGUGCGCAGCCCGGCCGCCCGGGGGCGGUGUGGAGGGCGCGCCGGCCGCCCCGGCGUUCCACCGCCCGGGCCCCUUCAGAAGGCGCUUCUCCCCGCCACGCGGGAGGCCUCGUUCCCCGGCUGCUCCGGGCAGCACCAUGGCUCGCGGCGUGGAGGUGCUGGACCUGCCGGUGUGGAGCAGAGCCUCGGGGUCGGUCCCAGAGGCCCCGUGCAGCUUGUUCGUUUUGGUUUAAGUAACCAGCUGGUGGUUGCUUUCAAAGAAGAAAAUGCUGCUGCUUUUAAGCACUUGUUUUUGAAAGGCUAUUCUGGCACAGAUGAAGACGACUACAGUUGCAGUGUUUAUACUCAAGAGGACGCCUAUGAGAGCAUCUUUUUUGCUAUUAAUCAGUAUCAUCGCCUGAGGAACAUAUCCCUGGGGACCCUUGGUUAUGGAGAAAGUGAAGGCAACAGAAUUGGCUUAAAAGUCUGUAAGCAGCAUUACAAGAAAGGGACCAUGUUUCCUUCCAACGAGACACUGAAUAUUGACAGCGACAUUAAAAUCGACUGCAUUCACCUGGACCCCCAGGCCCUCUCCCAGAGCUCUGAGGACUGGAAGAACUCACCCUUCUUCAGCCUGGAAUUUUAUCGGCUCUUACAAGUUGAAAUCUCCUUUCAACUCAAAGGCAUCGAUCUACAGACCAUUCACUCCCGAGAGUUACCAGACUGUUACGUCUUUCAGAACACGAUUACCUUCGACAACAACGCUCACAGCGGCAAAAUCAAAAUCUAUUUUGACAGUGACGCUAACAUCGAAGAAUGUAAAGACUUGACCAUAUCUGGAUCCAUUCAGAAAAAUACUCAGUAUGUCCUGGUGUUUGAUGCAUUCGUCAUUGUGAUUUGCUUGGCGUCUCUCAUUCUGUGCACAAGAUCCAUUGUUCUUGCUCUCAGGUUACGAAAGAGAUUCCUGAACUUCUUCCUGGAAAAGUACAAGCGGCAGGUGUGCGACGCCGACCAGUGGGAGUUCGUCAACGGGUGGUACGUCCUGGUGAUCACCAGUGACCUCAUGACAGUCAUUGGCUCGGUGUUGAAGAUGGAGAUCAAAGCCAAGAAUCUCACAAAUUACGACCUGUGCAGCAUUUUGCUUGGGACGUCCACGCUCUUUGUCUGGGUUGGCGUCAUCAGAUACUUGGGUUAUUUCCAAGCCUACAACGUGCUCAUUUUAACGAUGCAAGCCUCACUGCCAAAGGUUCUUCGCUUCUGCGCGUGUGCUGGAAUGAUCUAUCUGGGGUACACCUUCUGCGGCUGGAUUGUCCUCGGACCCUAUCACAACAAGUUUCAAAACCUGAACACAGUUGCUGAGUGUCUGUUCUCGCUGGUCAAUGGUGAUGACAUGUACGCGACCUUUGCCCACAUCCAGCAGAAGAGCCUCUUGGUGUGGCUGUUCAGUCGCCUGUACUUAUAUUCCUUCAUCAGCCUUUUUAUAUACAUGAUUCUCAGCCUUUUCAUUGCACUUAUUACAGAUUCUUACGACACCAUUAAGAAAUACCAACAGAAUGGGUUUCCUGUAACGGAUCUUCAGGAAUUCCUGAAGGAGAGCAGCAGCAAAGAGAAGUGUCAGAAGGAGUCCUCACCCUUCCUGUCCCGCGUCUGCUGCCUGAGGAGCGCAGGAGGAAAAUCUGCUGUUCUCACCGCUUUGUCGAAGGGAGACCGAGGGUGGACAGCUCCUCCAAAUUGCCAAAAGCAUCCAGUCAAACCACAAAUAAUAAGUAGAAGUGAUGACCACUUGAUCCUUGUUAACUGAAAUUCUUCUUCUGAAGAUCAUCAAGUUUCAGGUCUCUGUGUCCAGUGAAAUGCAGAGGGACUCCAAAUGGCUUGGACCAGCACUUCUAAAAAUACUGAUUGCAGAGUGGGAUAGAGGACUGACUGUAGCUGGCUGAAUAGAACUGAAGUCCCAAAGUUCCUUUUUAUAAAUGUGAAUGAUAAAGAAUAGACCACAAUGAAAUACUGGGCAUUAGUGUGACACUGAAGUUCUGUAUCAGUCUUCUCAUUUACUGACAUCACAGUGUUGGGAUGGGGAAAAAAACAUUUCAGAGUGUGUAAAACAGUGACAUUUAAAGAUCUGAGUUUAUCAUCAAGUAAGGGCUUGUUUUAAAAGUGAUUCUUGGGUUAGAAGACAUUUGUUAAUUUGUGGUCUGCACAAAAGUGAAAUUGGUUUCAAUGCCAAUUUAGAAACUUGAAGCUUGGAGAACUAUUAAGCCAUUUAAAGAUUACACUUAAGUCAACAAAAAGACCUCUUGCAGUGGACAUUUCUUGGGCUCUUUUCCUGUGGCCUGCUUCUUCAGCAUGGCGUGAAGAAAAUGUCGGCAACAGUGGGCUGAAUUGGAAACAGGGUCUUUGGACACCUCGUCCCUUGUGCUGUGUUGAUUGUACACACAUGACAUGUGGACGUUAGAGUUCAGCGGUCGUCUCUCGUUUUAACAACUGAACGCCACAGGGGCGGGGGUUUACCCUUGUCAAGAAAGAAGAAAUGGUAUUUUUCUCCUAAAUAAAUUAAGUUUAUUUUUAUCAUAACA